AGAAAUUGACAGAUAUUUAAGCCAAUCGGUCCCAGAACCUUUGCUGGGGACUUGUCCAAUCAGAAAAUACUAAGUGACUAAAAAGCGAUUUGCCUUCCUAAUAUUUGAAAAAGGCCUGCCCCAUGAGGCUGAGCUUGGAACGAGUUAGUAUCGAGUGAUUAAUAGCUGCUUCGACCAAUAACUAUUCCUAUCCCACUCGUCUCAAGCGAAACCAUCCUAGCUCCAUCUCCAACUGGUUUUGAACAUAACAGCGUGAUCGUUUAUGGUUUCUCUCUUGGUUAAUAAAAUAAUUUGUCUUUGAACCUGGAGGUUUCAAAAGCGAAAACUAGCGCUCAAAGUCUCGCGAUAAGCCAAGUCUCCGUCCGUUGGUCCCAGGACCCCUCUGAUUGACGUGCUUCCAGUCCAAUGGUAACGUCCAUAGCAAGGGGACGCCAACGUCGGGGUAGCCAAUAGGGUCAAGGCAGGGGGCGUGGCGGGAAGUUUGAAACUUAGCUUCGGGAGUUGAGACUCGAGCUCCGGUGGACUCGAGGUGGCACUGGGGCCCGGUAAGUGAUUUGAAUAAAUUAGGGGUCCCAGGAGGCUUAGGAUGCACCUCCUGGUCAGCUGCACCAGCCAUUAAGCCCCGCAAGUAGCUCUUGCACAGCGGCCGGGAGGUUCCUCCCUUGGACACUGGGAAGAUCGGGUUGUCCUGGGUCAAAUGCGGGCCCGAUCCUGGUAAGAGCUGAGACCUGAGUCGCUUCUCGCAGGCCUCCCUUCCUCUUUUCGAGCCGGGCCCUGCCCCAGCCCGCUUUCCUGGUGGACAUGGGCUUGGCCAAGAGCGUCCCGGUCACCCCAGCGCGGUCUCCGCCGCACAACAAGCUCCUGGCUCGAGUGGCGGACCCGCGUUCUCCGAGUGCGGGGAUCCAGCGCACACCCAUCCAGGUGGAGAGCUCUGCAGAGCCAAGCCUACCAUCAGGGAAACAGCAGGAGGGUCCUAACUCCACGCAGGACUGCGAUCCGCGCUCACCUACCCUCGGCAUUGCACGGACACCUAUGAAGACCACCAGCGAGCCUCCGAGCCCACUGGUGAAGCAGCUGAGUGAAGUAUUUGACACCGAAGCUCCCCAGUCAAGUCUUUCCCCAGAGCCUGUUCUGCCCCCAGAGCCACCUUCAUCUCCCAAAUUAGACUUACCUCUGGGCACCCAGGUCUCGAGAGACGAUCUGAUACCGCCUCUGAGCCAAACAGAGCUCCCCUCCAAAGAGGUGUUUUCCACAGAGGAAGCAGGCCAGCCUCCAGAGAGCCUGAUGGCCAGCCAGGGCUCAGAGAAGCCCUUGAGAGAGCCUGAGACGCCUCAAUCUUCAGGUUCUAAAUGCACCCGACGGAAACCCAAGGGCAAGGGCAUAGGGCGAUCCCCUCUCACUAUCCUUCAGGAUGACAACUCCCCUGGGACCCUGACACCACGGCAGGGAAAGCGGCCUUCUCCCCUGAGUGGAAACGUUAGGGAACUCAAAGAGGGGCCCCGCCUCGGAACUAGGCGACUAAUGAAAACCAGAGGGCAAGCGUGGGAGCCAAGCCAGGGCCAUGACAAGGAAAACCAGCACUUUGCCCUGGUGGAGAGCUAGGCCCUGCGUGACCCCAGUACUGGAAUCACCCGGAGCUUCGUGAUGUUGCCUUUCUCUGCCGAACUCAGAAGUAGUGUGGUUGGUUGGUUUUUUUCUGACUCUUCUACACCCCUCGGUUGGGCUUCCUUUGAGAGCGUGAUCGGACCUUUGUUGUUAAUGUUUCUUGUAUA